AUGAUGCCAAUGCUGUUAUAUAUAGUAGCGUCGGCGGCAGUUCUAUUUGUGGUGGCCUAUGGAACCAUCAUCUUUUUCACCCACACACCAAGACUAGCGCUCGCGAGCGAAUCGAAAUACCGCACGAAUGAUGCCACGGACACUUUCCAUGAACUAACCCCGAGAAUCACAGCCACAUCACCGACCGAAAGCAAGAGCAACGUCGAUGUAAGCGUGGUGAUACCGAGCUAUAACGAAGUGCAAAGGCUAAAGAAGAUGUUUGAUGAGGCCGUCGAUUACCUCGAAGAGCACCAUCAUGGAAGAUACGAAAUCAUCAUUGUUGACGAUGGGUCAAGUGACGGAACCUCGUCGUAUGCGCUAUCCUGCGCCAACGACAAGAAAUUGGAUGCCCACGUUUUGAAAUGCGUGCAAUUGGCCGAGAACAGAGGCAAAGGUGGCGCGGUGGCGCAUGGGAUCUUGCACAGCCAGGGCAAAUACGCCCUUUUUGCAGACGCCGAUGGUGCAACUCGAUUCUCCGAUAUCGCAAAUCUAAUAGCGUAUUUGGACUCGCAGGGCGAUAACGCUGCUAUAGCAAUUGGCUCAAGAGCACACAUGGUCAAUACCGACGCGGUGGUGAAGCGUUCGUUCAUUAGGAAUUUCCUCAUGUACGGCCUUCACACCCUAGUUUACAUUUUCGGGAUCAGGUCUAUCCAAGACACCCAGUGUGGAUUCAAGAUGUUCAAUCGACAGGCCUUGGUCAAGGUGUUCCCGCAUAUGCACACUGAAAGAUGGAUCUUUGACGUGGAGGUGUUGUUGUUGGGCGAGAUCCAAGGGGUCAGAAUGAAGGAGAUUUCUGUCAAUUGGCAAGAGAUUGAUGGUUCCAAAGUCGACUUGGCCAGAGAUUCGAUUGAGAUGGCAAUUGAUUUGGUGGUGACGAGAUUGGCUUAUUUGUUUGGUAUUUAUAAGUUGAAUGAGUGUGGCAGAGCUGAAAAGAAGACCGAGUGA